AAAAUAUACUUCAGUCAGUUGAUACAAACGGAAUGUAUACAUCAAACAACAAUCUAAAAACAAAUAAAUUGUUAAGCAGCCGAAUUUACAUUUAGAAGAGCUGAGUAAGCCUACAAUAAAAUUAAGCAAUUGGUGGUGGUCCCAAAGCUUAUGAAGAGCUUUCUAACAAUCCAAGAAGCCAAAGGAACCAACCAAAGAACCAACAAGAAAUACAAAUGAAUCAAUCGAAGUAUAACGAUCCACAGUCUAGAUCUAAUAGAUACGCAAGGCCGUGCAGUCGCACUUUAAAAUGCGAUAAGUUGGAUCCUGAUGAGUUCUUCAAUUGCGCUGAUAUUAAUGGCAAGCUUUAUAGACUAUCCAAUCUUUUCGAGGACAUUGAAGCUAGUGAAGCAUUCAAAAAACAACAGCCUAAACAAAUUAAACGUCUUAAUACGGGAUCUGCGAAGCCUCUUCAAUCAAGGAAGUCGCCAAAUCAAAGCAAAUCACGAAGACAACCAGCUAAGAAAGCUACAGAAAUAGCUGAUGACUAUGUCGAAGAUUUGCACCCUCAACGAUGUGAGCCCAUUACACAUCAAAUGAACAACUUCAAGAUGAUGUCCGAGCCAGCCGAUCUUAAUAAUCAACAGCAUAAACUGGAAGCUGAGAAACCUCGACGACCGCGAGGAAGGCCCAAAAAGAAUGCGAACUCUACCCUUACUAAUCCUGACUAUCCAAAGAAAAAUGCAAUGGAAAGGGGCGAGGAACAGGAGAGUCCCAAAACGAUAUCAAAGAAAGUAAUUCCUAAGAGUAAACUGGAUUACUUGGAGGACAUGGAGCUGGGUGCUGCUUUUCGGAAGCAACAGCUCCCAAGUAGUCGCCGUAGUUUAGGUGUAGCUGGACCACGUCGACCAGGACGACCCCCAAAGGGAUCAAAGAACCGCAGUACUGGUUCAUCGGUAGUGGACUGGAGAAAAUUAGAUGAGCCAUCCGUGGUAAUACGACGAAGUGCACGGAUUCAGGCAGCAAAACUUAGGAAGCAGCAGUCAUUGGAAAGAAACUUGCAGAAGGAUCAGGAGAAACCCAAUUCUGGAAUGGUAGUGGAUUGGGAGAAAUUAGAUAAGCCAGAACGGGUCCAAAAACCACCCAUUGUAUUACGUCGAAGUGCCCGGAUUCAAGCAGCCAAACUCAAGAAGGAGGCCUUGGAAGCCAGUUUAAGAAAUCAGAAUCAGAAUCAGGAGAAGCCUAGUUCCAGAAAGGCCGCGUCCGAUCACGUACUUUGAGUGCGCCGAGAUUAAUGGAAAGCUUUAUAGACUCAAUGACAUUUGGGAAGAUGUGGAGCUUGGUGCUGCUUUUCGGAGGAAACAGAAGAAGGCACAGCCCCAACGACGGGGAACU